AGUCUGGUCAGCAGCUGGAGCAGUAAGGGAGGCCGUAAGGAGGACAGUGCGUUGCAAGGAAAGAAAGGACAUCAAGAACAAAGCGUCUCGUCCCAGUUGCGCCUCUCAUGGCCCAGAUAGGCACCGAAGCAAGCGCGAGCCGCGCGAUAGGCCGAGACUGGGCCGAGCCAAGUCAUCCGCGCGAUGGGCGCGGGGGAGACUCGAGUCUCCUCCACCCCCCCCCCCCCCCGCUCUGUCCCCGCGCCGCGGGCCACGCCAAUUUGGGCGAGUAGGUUUUUUGGCUGUUGUGGAUUCACGUCAGCCUACACAAUGCAUUCUCAUUCUCAGUCCCCGUCCGUCACGCGUCGUAUAUAUUCGGAUGUCUCCCCGACAUUCUAUCUCGAACACCAUUUCUCGCACUCUCUUAUCGAAAAGCGCUUAGUACAACCGAAGUUAGUAACUUGCAAAGCUGUAACGGGCACAAGUCGGACCAAGUAGUGGCACGCAUUGUAGUGCACCUAAUUAAUCGACGCGCCUCGGAAACCAAUCAACGUUGACGAUCUCCAGCGAGUUAUUACCUCGUCGGCUGCUGAAUUACUGCCCGGCGCACGCGGUGGUGAGGUUAGGGUUCGUAUUACUACCACGUUACGCUAAGUUAGUACUAGUACUAACUUCCCGAGCCACGGCGCCGCCUCUCGUGAAUGGAUCCCACGCUCCCGUCGCCGCCAAUGAGCAUUCUCCACGCGCUCGCCACGUCAGCAGCGCCGGUGAUCGAGGACCCCCGCGCGCCGCUCUCGGAGCGCCUCCGCGCGCUCAUCAUCAAGGCGGAGGCUGCGGGAGCCACCACCGGUCUUGCGCCGCCGCCGCCGCCGCAAAUUGCGCUGCCGGUCGAGGCGCCCAGCGACGCCGGUUCCCACGGAAGAUUCUUCCCGAAAUCCACGUCAGAACCCGGUGUUUCUGGCGCAGUUCCCGGCGCGAUCUCCGCCGGCUGGGGCUUCCGGGGUGACAAUGUCGGGUGUGACACUACAGGGCGGCUUACAGCGGGGCUCGAGAGUCUUUUCAAAUCAUACCCCUCGUUUCCCGGAGCUGUUAAUGAAUCAUCCCCGUCCGUCCGCGUUUACCGCCAAAACGCGCCGAUCAACGGCUGCGGGAGCAGCAGCGCCAACCCCCCUCAUUCCCCCCGCGGCUUAUCCGAUUCCCCGCGCUCCCCGCGUUCCCCGCACUCCCCGCACUCCCCCGCGCGGCAUCACCGCAGCUUCGCGUCGCGCCUCGCCGCUCGCGGCCCGUCCUCCGCGUCGCAGAAGGUUCCGCCGCCGUCCGUGGCGCACCUGAUCCCGGAGCGCCCAUCGCCCCAACUUGUCUCCGAUUCGUCUGCGAAUCAGCAGCCCCUACCGCCCUCUUACCCGCAGCAGCAGCAGCAGCAGCAGCAGCAGCAACUCAUUGGAAAAUAUCAGGGAGUUCCGAGGCGUGUCGCCUCCCCUUUCGCCCUAUUCGACGCGGGAAUCAGCCCGGCCGCCCUCCUCGAGUCGCCUAUCAUGGCAGGCCACCCAGCCCCAACCCUGGGUUCGGCAGCAGGCUCGGCAGGCAGCUCAGCCUCGGCACAAGCCGGACCUGCUGUGGCCGGAUCACCCCUUAGUAGCUUAGUACCUCCGCCACUCUCCCUCCCGGCCUCAGGUGUCUCUGCUGCCAUCGAUUCCUCAGAUAUCAGUUCCCCUCCCCCCGCUGUGGCUCACGGGUUCUCAAAGGUGCUUGCACUGAAACCAGCGCCCGUUACUGUGCCAGGUUCGGACGCCUCCGAGCCUGUUGGUUUGGAAUUGUCCGAGCCUGGGAUGGAGGGUGAGGAGGAGACCCCAACUUCUGGUGUGGAGAACCCGGCAGUGCUGGGGUUUGAUGCGCCUGGAGGGAACGGUGACGUGGCAGACGACCUGAAUGACCUGUUUGACUUCUUUGACUCGCUGGUGGGCGGCGCGAGUGGGAGCGAGGGUGAGCAGAAGAAGCCUGCCGGGAAGCUUCUCGGAAGGAACAGCAGCUGCUGCAGCGACCAGAGCGGCUCUGGCUUGAACGCUUCGGACAAGAAGGAAAUUUCUGAGAGCAGGUUUCGGGCAGGGAGGAAAUUCGGGAGCAUGGAGGGCCUGGAGGCGGACGCCAACACGGAAUUUAUUUUGGUGCCUGCCCAAGACGGGUAUAACUGGCGAAAGUACGGGCAGAAAAUGGUGAAAGGCUGCCAGCACCCCCGGCUUUAUUUCCGCUGCACGUAUCCGGGCUGCCCGGUAAGAAAAACGGAGGAGCAGGCAGACAGUGGCGAGGUGCUAGAAAGGAUCUACCGGGGGUUGCACAACCACCCACCUCCCGGGCUGCCCGAGAAAGAAACUCAGGAGCAAGAGUGGGAGACCAGGCGUGAGCAGCAGCAGCAGCCAAGUGAAGCUGACAUGGAUGCAACAACGGGCGACAGUGACAGGAAUGCUGCUGCUGCUGCUGCUGCUGCUGCUUCUCCCGAGCUUCCCCUGCUUUCUUCCUUCACCUCACUCCCUCUGCUUCAAGCCGACUCCACAACCAGAAGGCAGGGUAACCCUGCUGGUUACCAGGCUGGUAGCCCUGUUACCGACCACCAGGGGACACAGGAGAGGCUCUGGGGGAAGAGGCUGUUUCUUCAUCACAGCCGUUUAUCUGCCCCUGCCAACCUGCAGAUCUCAGCCGUUGAUCUGCUUACUGACCCUGAUAGUGAGGGCCCUGCAGGGAGCAGUGGGGGGUCGAGUGCGAGUGGGGAGAGGAAGAGGAAGGAGAGAGCAGGGUUGGGGGGCUCUAUUGGAGAUGUGUCAGCCGACGGCACGGAGGAUGAUGUGACCAGCGGAGCUGCUUAUAACGAGGCGGCUGGAGCCGCGGAUAAGAAGCCGAGGCGAAGCGCCGAAGUGCUUGUAUGUGCACAGCAGGUGAUAGACGAACCAAAACUCGUGGUCGAGAUGCGUAGCGAGAUGGAGGUGCUAGACGACGGGUACAGGUGGCGCAAGUAUGGGCAGAAGGUGGUGCGCGGUAACCCUAAUCCGCGGAGUUACUACAAGUGCACACAUGCCGGGUGCCGUGUGCGCAAGCAGGUGGAACGAGCAGUCCAUGAUCCGUUCAUCGUGGUUACCAGUUACGAAGGCCGCCAUACCCAUGCCAUGCCGGGCCCUGUGUUCUCCCCCGCUCCUCCUGCUGGGAGCGGGGACGGGGAGAGGGAGGGUAGUGCUGCUGCUGCUGCUGCCUCCAGCCCUGCUCUUCCUCCGAUGUCUGCUCUUCGGCUGCCCGGCGAAGCGGUGGCAGUGAACGGGGUGGGGCACUGGGUGCUGCACUAAUGGGUGGAGUGAUUACAACUGCAUGCUUGCGUGCAUGCUGGGUGCUGCUCGCCCUGUGCUGUCUACUCUUAGGCUGCCUGGCGAAGCUGUGGCAGUGAACGGGGUGGGGCACUGGGUGCUGCACUAAUGCACAGCGCUGCUGCUGCUGCUGCUAUUGCUCUUUCCCCCUCCCCCCCCUCUCUGGCGUUCUGUGGCUUCCUUCCUCCCUCCCUCUCCUCCCCCUCAACUUAGAAUCACAUCCCUGCCGAGCGUUUCAAAGUUGGCCUGCCAAGCCCACUACCCUCAACUGCGGACGCUCCCGCAAAUCCUCCGUCCUUCAGUUUCCCCUCCUCUAUUCUCUCCCGUCCCCCUCGCAUUACUAUUUUUGAGGCGCCUAAAAAAUCCUUCAGUUUCCCCUCCUCUAUUCUCUCCCCUCCCCCUCGCAUUACCACCCUCAACGGUCACAAUCACAUCCUUGUGGAUCCCUUCAAAGACGGCCUGCCAUGCCCACUACCCUCGACAACCCAACUCAUCCUCCCUCCUUCCUCUCGUCCUCCUUAUAAGUCACCUCAUUAGAGGCCUAGAGUGACUACAGCCACAUCCUUGCGGAUCGCCUCAAAGACGGCCUGCCAUGCCCACUACCCUCGACUUGAAGCAUGCGUGCAUCUUGGGUAGUCGCUGUGGGAGAUUGCCUUUGAAGGAUCCGCGAUGUGAUGUGAUUACCUACAUUGGCUAGUAUAGUAGUUGAUCCACCUUGUGUAUUAUAUUUUAUGUUCAAGCUUUUAUAUU